AUGUCCAAGGCAGCAGAGAGGACAGCUUCUACCACAUCUGCUGAUUCAGCCUCCACAGAUGGAAAAGGGGAAAUUUCAAAAUCCGCAGAUGCCUCACCAUCAGGUUCAGUCUCUGAAACGCCCAAAAAGUCAUCGAAGAAGUCCAAGAAAAACACUGAGAGUAUGACAAAGGUCUACACGUCUGUGCUCAACAGCGUGUUUGGAGCAGAGAGAGAAUUGGCUCAGGCUGAGUUAGACGAAUUACAAGAGGCCUUCAAGGAGUUUGACUACGACCAAGACGGCUACUUGAACUACAAGGAUGUUGCAGAGUGCAUGAGGACCAUGGGGUACAUGCCCACAGAGAUGGAGCUGCUGGAGAUCGUCCAGCAGAUUAAGAUGAGAAUGGGCGGCUUGAUGGACUUCGAUGACUUUAUUGAGCUGAUGGGACCCAGGAUGAUGGGCGAGACCGCUGACAUGCUGGGCCUUAAAGAGCUACAGUCUGCCUUCCUACAGUUUGACCUCGAUGCAGAUGGAAAGAUCAACCAGGACGAGAUGAAAGAGGCCGUGAAGACGCUGCUGGGGGAAAAGCUGAAGAAAGGAGAGUUAGAGGAGAUUUUAAAGGAGCUGGACAUUAACUCAGACGGGAACAUUGACUUUGAAGAGUUCGUGAUGAUGCUCUCCAUUCGCUAGCUGCUGGAAAAUCACUGACCUACUCAUACUUUUACUUCCCAUUAAUUAGUGAGCGAAUGCAAGAAUGCACAAACACUGUAUUUACAAUGUGUUGUAUUUGUAAUGAGUGAAGUCUUCAUGUGCAACGUGUGCUAACCUGUAACAACUGUGUGAGCGAUGAUUGGCUGAAGAUGCUGAUGCUGUAUGACUGCUGGGCCUGACAUCAGCAAUCAGUGUUACUUAAACCGAUAAAUGCACUUUGUUGUUUUGCUAUUUUGUAAUAAAGAAAUCAUUCUUG